AUGGAUCUUAAUGGAGAAUUUGAAAACACAGCAAAUCCUCAAUUAAAAAUAAGUGCUACUGAAAUGUAUAAGAAGCUUUUAAGAAGAGUAAUGCUGGAUAAAUUCUCCAAAGAAGACCUUCCCAAAGUUUCUACAAUCACAAAUUGGAUAAUGAACACGUCACAGUCAUUCAAAAAAACUAUGGCACUACAUCUUCUUAAAGAGGCAGAGUCCUCUAAAACCUAG